CACUCUUAACUCUUAAUCCCGAAUUUCGAUCCCAAACUUGGUUUUACGAAGAAGCAAAGACAUGGCGGAACCAGCACCACCUUCUUCUUCAAAAGUAUCGUCAAUGGUGGCAGGGAAGUCCGACGCGGAGGUCGAGGAGCUUCUUGAUCGGAUGCUCACUCGUUUGGCUCUCUGCGACGAUUCCAAGCUUGAACCCUUGCUCUCCAAGCUCCUCCCUCUCUGCAUCUCCUCACUCUCCUCCAACUCCGCCGCUGUUCGCAACAAGGUUCUUGAGAUUUUGAGUCAUGUGAACAAGAGAGUGAAACUUCAGCCUGAUAUUGGUUUGCCUUUAUCCGAGUUGUGGGAGUUGUAUUCAGAAUCUGGUGCUACCCCAAUAAUAAGGAACUUUUGCAUUGUCUAUAUUGAAAUGGCUUUUCAGCGCGUCAGUGCAAAGGAAAAAGAAGAUUUGGCACCUAUCCUCCUGGUGAACAUCUCAAAACUUCCUCUUCAACACCAGGAAAUUAUCCUUAGAAUCAUUGUUAAGGUAAUUGGUGAAUGCCACUCGAGCCAAAUUGGUGAUGAAGUUGCUGCAAAGUAUAAAAAAGUGAACAAUUCUCAAGAUAGAGACCUGUUUAUUGAGUUUUGUCUUCAUACAAUGUUGUACCAGCGAGUUUCUCAAAGUGGUGGGUACCCUGGACUUUCAUUUGGUCAAGCUAAUCGUGUUACAGGGAAACAACAGUUACAAAAAGAUGAAAUUUUAUUGAGAAAGUUGGGUAUUUUGAACAUCAUUCAAGCUAUGGAUCUUCCCCCUGAGCUUGCUUAUCCUCUAUAUGUUGUUGCUUCUGUAGAUUGUGAAGAGCCUGUUGUUAAGAGAGGCGAGGAACUAUUAAAGAAGAAGGCCAGUGGUGCUAAUUUAGAUGAUUUAAAUCUGAUCAACAGACUAUUUUUGCUAUUCAAUGGUACUUCUGGAGCUGAAAAUGUUGACUCAGAAUCAAGAGUCAGUCCAGCAAGUCCUGCUUUGAAGGCAAAAUUAAUGUCUAUAUUCUGCCGGUCUAUUGCAGCAGCAAACAGUUUCCCAUCAGCAUUGCAGUGCAUUUUUGGAUGCAUCUAUGGGAAUGACACCACAUCACGGUUAAAGCAAUUGGGAAUGGAAUUUACUGUAUGGGUAUUUAAGCAUGCAAAAAUUGAUCAGCUUAAGUUAAUGGGUCCAGUUAUUUUGAGUGGAAUCAUGAAGUCCCUUGACAAUUAUUCAAGUUCAGAAGCAGAUGCCAGUGCACGGGAGGUCAAAACUUACGCUUUUCAGGCAAUUGGGCUGCUUGCUCAGCGUAUGCCUCACCUUUUCAGGGAAAAGAUUGACAUGGCUGCUCACCUUUUUCAUGCACUGAAAGCUGAAUCCCAAUCUCUUCGUCAUGUUGUUCAAGAAGCAACAAUAUCUCUUGCUGCAGCAUACAAGGGAGCCCCAAUUGCUGUGAUUCGCGAUUUGGAGACCUUACUGCUUACCAAUUAUCAAAUGGAGGAAAGUGAAGUAAGAUUUUGUGUUGUAAGAUGGGCAACAUCUUUGUUUGAUUUUGAACAUUGCCCGAGUCGUUAUAUUUGUAUGCUAGGAGCAUCAGAUACCAAAUUAGACAUCAGAGAAAUGUCACUUGAAGGUCUUCAUCUUCAUAAAAGCGAAAGUCCAGUUUCUGGUCUGAAGUACCCUAAACUUCAAAUGAUGCUGGAUUAUAUUCUUCAACAACAGCCAAAGUUGUUGAAGUCCACUGAAAUUGGAGACCAAAACCUUAUUUUCCCUUCAAAUACAUACGUGGCGAUGAUAAAAUUUUUGUUGAAGUGCUUUGAAUCUGAGUUAGAGCAGAGGAAGUCCUCAGACAAAUCGUCUGAGUUUCUGUCAUCAGUAAAGACAUUCUGUUUGCUCCUGGAACAUUCUAUGUCAUUUGAAGGCUCUGUUGAUUUGCAUGUCAAUGCUUCGAAGGCAUUGCUUAUAAUUGGAUCACAUAUGCCCGAGGUGUUAGCAUCACAUUAUGCUCCUAAAGUUUCAUGGCUUAAGCAACUUCUAAGUCAUGUGGAUUGGGACACUCGUGAAUUUGUUGCACGUUUACUUGGAAUUGUGUCUUCUGGUCUUCCUGUUGCCACAUCAUCUGCUAUUGUUUCUGAAUUGACUUCCUUAUUUAGUCAAACACAUAAAUCAAGGUUCGAGACUCAGCAUGGUGCGCUUUGUGCAAUUGGAUACAUAUCUGCGGAUAUUUUGUGUAGAACACCAUCUAUGCCAGAAUUAUUGCUCCAGAAUACACUUCGAUGUCUAGUUGAUGUGGUUAAAUCUGAAACUUCAGCACUGGCUGCUGUUGCAAUGCAAGCGCUAGGUCAUAUUGGACUGCGCGUUUCAAUACCUCCACUUGAUGAUUCUAAUUCAGAUGGAAUUCUGACAACUUUACAUGAUAAAUUGAGCAAGAUUAUUUCGGGUGAUGACACAAAAGCAAUACAGAAGAUUGCUAUAUCCAUUGGACAUAUAUGUGUAAAGGAAACAUCAUCUACACAGCUGGAUUUGGCCCUAAAUUUAAUCUUUGGUCUUUCUCGAUCUAAGGUUGAGGAUGUUCUGUUUGCUGCCGGGGAGGCCCUUUCUUUUUUGUGGGGUGGUGUUCCUGUCACUGCUGACAUAAUCCUUAAAACAAACUAUACUUCACUAUCCAUGGCUUCAAAUUUUUUAAUGGGAGAUUUGAACUCUUCUGUGUCAAAUCAGGAUCCUAAUCGACAAAGUGAAUAUAAUAAAGAUUAUCAUGCUAGUGUAAGAGAUGCAAUCACCAAAAAACUCUUCGAUGCUCUUUUGUAUAGUAGCAGAAAAGAAGAGCGAUGUGCUGGAACUGUCUGGCUAGUUUCACUCAUAAAGUACUGUGGACAUCAUCCUACUAUUCAGAGAAUGCUCCCAGAAAUUCAGGAGGCCUUUUCUCACCUUCUCGGUGAACAAAAUGAACUCACACAGGAGUUGGCUUCUCAAGGCAUGAGCAUUGUCUAUGACCUGGGUGAUGAAUCUAUGAAAAAGAGUUUGGUGAAUGCACUUGUGACUACAUUGACGGGUUCAGGAAAACGAAAAAGAGCCAUCAAACUUGUUGAAGAUACAGAAGUAUUUCAAGAGGGAGCUCUUGGUGAAAGUGCAAGUGGAGGAAAACUGAACACUUACAAAGAGUUGUGUAACUUAGCAAAUGAGAUGGGACAACCGGAUUUAAUUUACAAAUUCAUGGACUUAGCUAAUUAUCAAGCUUCUUUGAAUUCAAAGAGGGGUGCUGCAUUUGGAUUCUCCAAAAUAGCUAAACAAGCAGGGGAUGCACUUAAGCCACAUUUACGUUCUCUAAUUCCAAGACUUGUACGGUACCAGUAUGAUCCUGAUAAAAAUGUGCAGGAUGCGAUGGUACAUAUAUGGAAGUCACUAGUGGCUGACUCAAAGAAAACCAUUGAUGAAAACUUAGAUCUCAUCAUUGACGACUUACUAGUACAAUGUGGAUCCAGGCUUUGGCGGUCACGUGAGGCAUCGUGUCUUGCGCUUGCGGACAUUAUUCAAGGACGAAAGUUUUAUGAGGUUGAAAAGCAUUUAAAAGGAUUAUGGACUGUUGCAUUUCGUGCAAUGGAUGAUAUAAAGGAAACUGUUAGAAUUUCUGGUGAAAGAUUAUGUCGUGCCAUAACCACACUGACAACAAGGCUUUGCGAUGUCUCUCUAACUGAUACAUCAGAUGCACACAAAGCAAUGAAUAUAGUUUUACCCUUUUUGCUUACAGAAGGUAUCCUAAGUAAGGUUGACAGUGUUCGGAAGGCUUCAAUUGGAGUUGUUAUGAAGCUAACAAAGCAUGCUGGAACUGCAAUCCGUCCACAUAUGGCUGAUCUGGUUUGCUGCAUGCUCGAAAGUUUAUCAAGCCUAGAAGACCAAGGGCUCAAUUAUGUUGAGCUUCACGCAGCAAAUGUUGGAAUACAGUCAGAUAAGCUUGAAAAUUUGAGAAUUUCCAUUGCCAAAGGUUCUCUUAUGUGGGAGACUUUGGACUUGUGCAUAAGAGUUAUUGAUGCAGAAUCACUGAACACAUUGAUACCUCGACUUGCUCAUUUAGUGCGUUCUGGGGUGGGUCUCAAUACCAGGGUUGGUGUUGCUAAUUUUAUUACCUUAUUGCUUGAAAGUGUUGGGGUUGACAUCAAGCCCUAUGCAAAUAUGCUAGUCAGAUUGUUGUUUCCAGUUGUUAAGGAGGAAAAAAGUAUUACUGCAAAGCGUGCUUUUGCAAGUGCCUGUGCCAAAGUCCUAAAGUAUGUACCAGUGUCGCAAGCACAAAAACUUAUUGAAGAUACUGCAGCAUUGCAUGCUGGUGACAAGAAUUCACAAAUUGCAUGUGCAUAUCUCUUAAAGAGCUAUUCCAGUGUGGCAGCAGAUGUGGUUGGUGGAUAUCAUGCAGUGAUUAUUCCUGUUGUUUUCCUUUCAAGAUUUGAGGAUGAUAAAAGUAUUUCCAAUAUAUUUGAAGAAUUAUGGGAAGAAUAUACCAGUGGGGAACGAGUCACCCUUAACUUGUACUUAGGUGAAAUUGUUUUCCUUAUUUGUGAAGGCAUGUCAUCAUCAUCAUGGGCAAGUAAAAGAAAAUCUGCCCAGGCUAUAUGUAGGCUCAGUGAAGUUUUGGGUGAUUCACUUUCUUCCCAUCAUGAAGUUCUGCUUCAGUCUCUGAUGAAGGAAAUUCCUGGUCGCCUAUGGGAGGGAAAAGAGGUGCUAUUACUAGCAUUAGGUGCUCUAUCUACAUCCUGCCAUAAGGCAAUAUCCGCCGAAGGUUCUGCGCCUUCCAUUGCAAUUUUAAAUGUGGUAUCUUCUGCAUGCAGCAAAAAGGCAAAAAAAUAUCGUGAAGCAGCAUUUUCCGCUCUUGAGCAGGUUAUAAAAGCGUUUGGCAAUCCAGAUUUCUUUAAUAUGGUAUUUCCCUUGUUGUUUGAUAUGACCAAGUCAGCGCCCGCAAAAUCUGGGCAGCAACCUUUGGCUGGUGAUACCGCAAAAACAGAUUCGGACGGUGUUGAAGAAAUUUUUGUUCCGCAUACCAAACUUGUGGAGUGUCUAACCUCUUGCAUCCAUGUGGCCAAUAUAAAUGAUAUUCUUGAAAAUCAAGAGAACUUAAUGCUCUUGUACGCAGCAUUUCUAUCACCUGAACAUAAAUGGACAGUAAAAACUACCGCGUUUUUAUCCAUCAAAGAACUUUGCUCAAGGCUCCACAAUGUCAUCAAGGACUCCUCGGGAAGUCACGACAUUACCAGGGUAGCUUCCCUGGUUCAGGAGAUAUUUCAUUCUACAUCACCAAAGAUAUUACAUUGCAUAAGCACAGUAAAAAUUGCACAGGUUCAUGUUUCUGCUUCAGAAUGCCUUCUUGAAGUCCUCAAACUCUCCAUGGAAGUGCCUACAGUGAGUGCCAUCGAUGAAGGAUUCAAGGAUGAGCUCCUUCACCAGUAUGAGAUAGAGAAGAACGAAGAGGCAAAGUCAUUAUUAAGAAAGUGUCUCAACAUUCUUCAAGACUGGAAACACUAGACUUUACAGGAUGAAAUAUCUAACAUCGACGAUAGAAUUCUGUACCUUAUGCAACUGCAGUGACAUUCUUUACAAUGUAGACAACAAAUUUCUUCUUAGUUAAUGUUGCAAUACAUGAAAUAUUCAAACUCAGAGUGCAUGUAAAUUAAGACAGAAAAAAUAUUUACUUAAAACUAUAUUAAAUAUCGUAGAGUAAACAGCACCCUCUAAUCAUUUGAAA